UGAGACCCGCCCUUUCGCUCUCUAAGAGAGGAAGGACUCGCGAAGGUCACCCGAGAAGCGAUUGCAGCCGAAAAGAUAGAGACGCGCCAAGGGGGAAAACUCGUUUGGCAGGACCGGUCGAGAUCUUGAAGAAUUAUUGGGAUUCUUAUAUUCGUCCGCGUUCUUGAAUUCCCCGCACGUUCGAACGCGCGACAUUUCCUUAGGAUGCCUCACGAAGCUAUAUCUAUCUGAUUAGACGAGUACAGGAGAAAUGGCAACUCGAUCGAAAGAAUGAAAAUAAUGUGUGGAAGAAGGGAAAUUUUCACUCAAACCGAAACUCAUAUAAACCGAUCAAGACCCAAGAGUUUUCUUUCGGAAAGUUAAAUCGGCUUUUUGCCGAUGGUCGUGUACGUCUUGUAUUAGGCGGCUAUGCGGAUAUCUUUAGGGAUGUAAAACUUUAAACUUUUUCUCUUUUCGAGACAGUAAUAACUUUUAUCCUUUUCAUGAUUAAUAUAUAUAUAUAUAUUAUUUUUUCCGAAUCAAAUUAAGAGAAUUAGAAAGAAUAAGAUCGAUCUUUUCACUUCCAACGGAAGAAAUUCGUUCGUAAGAAUCCUGAUCUUAACCCUUACGCCAACCCGUCGCGACAUUAUUUUCCUACUAUCACGGAGCUCGUAUAGUUGACGCUCUAUAGUCGCUCGUUCUUUCUAGAAAAUCCAAAUCUUCGGGAAUCGAAUCCGAUCGCGCGGUGAAAGGUGCGGAAAGCGGACUAUACGAUGGCACAGAUAAUACGAACGAUCUACGAUGGUUAUCGGGACUUGAUGGACAAUAAGAGUGACCCAAGGGUCAACGAUUGGGCCAUGAUGAGCGAUCCCUUUCCUACGCUCUUCGUUUGUUUAUUUUACGCUUACUUCGUCAAGGUACUCGGGCCAAGGUUUAUGGAAAAUCGCAAGCCUUUCGACCUUAGAAACUUCAUGAUACUUUAUAAUCUCUUCCAAGUGAUCUUUUCCUCUUGGUUGUUUUACGAGUGUUUGGCGUCCGGUUGGUGGGGAGCCUACUCGUUCAGAUGCCAACCGGUAGAUUACUCGGACAAUCCAAUGGCAAUGAGAAUGGCUCGUGGCUGUUGGUGGUAUUACUUUUCCAAGUUCACCGAGUUCAUGGACACGAUCUUCUUUGUUCUGCGAAAGAAAAAUAACCACAUUUCAACGUUGCACGUGAUUCACCACGGAUGCAUGCCAAUGUCGGUCUGGUUCGGCGUCAAGUUCACACCAGGCGGUCACAGUUCCUUCUUCGGCCUCUUAAACACGUUCGUACACAUUAUUAUGUACUCUUAUUAUCUCCUCGCUGCUCUCGGACCAAAGAUCCAACCGUACCUAUGGUGGAAAAAAUAUUUGACGAGCCUGCAAAUGAUUCAAUUUGUUUUCGUCAUGAUUCACGCCUUCCAAUUGCUCUUCAUCGAUUGCAAUUACCCGAAAGCUUUCGUAUGGUGGAUCGGCAUGCACGCGAUCAUGUUUUACUUCUUGUUCCGUGACUUUUACAUCGGGGCUUACAAGAAGAAGAAAAACGCGAUAAGGAAACGGCAAGAGGAAAGUGGGAAAGAGGAAGAAGAAAAAGAAGCGAGAAGGAAAAAAGAAGAAAAGUACGAACGCGAGUCCAUGCGAAAUCGUCUUAAGGAGAACGAUCUUAUUUAUGCGAAUCAAUAUAAAAUGGCGACCGGGUACAUUUCGGACGAGGGCCUAAGAAAUCGCGUUUUUAUCGACAACCGAGGAUUGUCCGACGAAUGAGAAUGCGAUAAGAACGAAUGCGAUAAGGACGCUGAUUGGCUAUUAAUAAUCGAGACUCGCGUCGACGCGGAAUCCUCUUCGAAACGGCAGCACAAAUAAUAGACUUUCUUCAUUGCGGUGCGUGUGUGUGUGUGCGUGCAUCCCAAUGGAUAAGAGAGAGAGAGAGAGUGAGAGAGAGGGAGAGGGAGGGAGCUCCUUUCCUCACGAAGGGAACAGCGCGCAUUUCCAUAAAAGACUAUAUUUCCUUCCCCGAACAUGCCCGAAACAUCGUGGGAAAUUGAAAAGCUCGAAAGAGAUAUCGUAGAGUUUUUUCUUUUUUCGAAGCAAAACGACGUUUGGCUCGAUACGUUCAUCUGUGAUAAUCAUUGCCUCGUGCUAAUCCAUACUUUAUCAUUUUUCAUUAUAUUGGAUCUGAUGCGACGCAAUGAGGUGACGCAGGGCAAUCGGCACGUGUUACGAUGGAGGAAAGAAGAAGAAAAAGAAGAAGUAAAGAAAAAUAAAAAGAAUAAAGGGGAUAAAAUGAAAUAAA